AUGAAACACUAUGUGGAUGGGCAUCAACGCUCAAGGGGCACGCGUGCUGCCGAUAGAAAUCGAGAUCCAUCGACUAGGCGAACAAACUGGAAAACAAUUGAGAAACCACUGUUUGAAAAACGGCAAAUGCAAGAAUUACUUACUUUGCAAAAUAAUGAAGAGAAACGAUUGAGAUUAUCAGAGGACAAUAACAAAUGCAACAAAAUGCGGUUGGUGGUCGGGAUUGUUUUAGGCGCUGUGGUUACGAUGAUAGUUUUGGGUCUUGUUGCGCUCUUCUAUUUCCUUAAGAGAAACGAUCAAGAUAGUAAGUCACGGACAUCAAUGGAGAAACCCAAGACAUCAAUCAGAAAACCGUCAUUGCCGAAACGUUUUGUAGAAGAGUCUGACCCUUAUGACGAAAUCGACGAUUCAGAGGAAGGAAUUUAUAUUGACGAUGAUGAAAUUCAACCAAUAAGAGAGGAGCACGAGAUAAAUAAUCUUCGACCGCCCCCACCGAUACCUAAGGGCAUCCAACCAUUACGGAAACGUUCUGAAGGUAUAUAUGAAACGCCAAUGCGGCCAAUAGAAGGACUGUAUCUUGAGCUUGAAUAAGCGUGAACACUUUCGUAACGUCAGCAAUUAUAAAUACCUGCCUUCAAAUAGUCUGAUUAGUUGGUGUAUUGGAAUAUCCUUACCGCUAAAUAUAUUUUAUAAUGUAGAAAAAUACUUACUUUUUGAGCUGUAAUCAAUUCAGUCAA